AACUACCCUUUGGAGGCCUUUCCUUCCCUCUUCCCUGGUGGGUUUCAGCCACAAUUGCCCAUCUCUGGAAAUGCAAGGCUCAGGAUCGGGACUAGACCCCCAAGUUUAUACUCUAACCUGGCCCGUGCUGUAAAGGCAUAGACUUCGGGGUCCUGGGAAGUUUGUGCAAGGUCUUGGACACUCUUUGAUUUACAGCAGGAUUAGUGUUGGCUGGGGUCUCCCGACUUCUCUCUGCCUCCCUCCCUCUCUGCUGAGUAUUCAAUGGGCACAGAGCCCAUUUACAGAUCCAGAUCAGGGCAAAGCUGAGAAACAGGCCAAGGGGUGUCCGGGAGCUUCUCAGCCUAGUUUGUGAUACUACCUCUCCCUGGCUCCUUUGAAAAGUCCCGAGGGAAGGGAAUUGGGGAAGGCAGAGUCAGAGGGGUAGCCACUCUUGGGUUCCACUUCUCCCUGUUUGUCUGUCUCUUUCUCUGCAGGAGCUGGGUCCCUUAUCUUUCUUCCUGCCUGUCCUUUUCCUGGUUCCUGUUUCCUCCUUUCUUUGCCUUUGCUGCUUCUACCCUCAUCCCCUGGAGGCCCGGGUCUGCUGGACCCAUCCAUCCCCUUUGGGACUAUGGGAUCACUGCUUGGGCUCCUGGCACUGCUGCUAUGGGGCGCUGUGGCUGAGGGCCCCGCCAAGAAGGUGCUGACCCUGGAGGGGGACCUGGUCCUGGGUGGGCUGUUCCCGGUACACCAGAAGGGUGGCCCAGCAGAGGAGUGUGGGCCUGUCAAUGAGCAUCGAGGCAUCCAGCGCCUGGAGGCCAUGCUUUUUGCACUGGACCGCAUCAACCGUGACCCACGCCUGCUGCCAGGUGUGCGCCUGGGCGCACACAUUCUCGACAGCUGCUCCAAGGACACACAUGCCCUGGAGCAGGCGCUCGACUUCGUGCGUGCCUCGCUUAGCCGUGGCGCCGAUGGCUCACGCCACAUCUGCCCCGACGGCUCUUAUGCCACCCACGGCGAUGCUCCCACCGCCAUCACUGGUGUCAUUGGCGGCUCCUACAGCGAUGUCUCCAUCCAGGUGGCCAACCUCCUGCGGCUCUUCCAGAUCCCACAGAUCAGCUAUGCCUCCACCAGUGCCAAGCUGAGCGACAAGUCCCGCUAUGACUACUUUGCCCGCACAGUGCCCCCUGACUUCUUCCAAGCCAAGGCCAUGGCUGAGAUCCUCCGCUUCUUCAACUGGACCUAUGUGUCCACUGUGGCAUCCGAGGGUGACUAUGGCGAGACAGGCAUCGAAGCCUUUGAGCUAGAGGCCCGCGCCCGCAACAUCUGCGUGGCCACCUCGGAGAAGGUGGGCCGUGCCAUGAGCCGCGCAGCAUUUGAGGGGGUGGUGCGAGCUCUGCUGCAGAAGCCCAGUGCCCGUGUGGCUGUCCUGUUCACCCGUUCUGAGGAUGCACGCGAGCUCCUCGCGGCCACCCAGCGCCUCAACGCCAGCUUCACCUGGGUGGCCAGCGAUGGCUGGGGGGCCCUGGAGAGCGUGGUGGCAGGCAGCGAGGGGGCUGCUGAGGGCGCCAUCACUAUCGAGCUGGCCUCCUAUCCCAUCAGCGACUUCGCCUCCUACUUCCGGAGCCUGGACCCCUGGAACAAUAGCCGGAACCCCUGGUUCCGCGAGUUCUGGGAGCAGAGGUUCCGCUGUAGCUUCCGUCGGCGAGAUUGCGCAGCCCACUCGCUGCGGGCCGUGCCUUUUGAGCAAGAGUCCAAGAUCAUGUUUGUGGUCAAUGCGGUGUAUGCCAUGGCCCAUGCGCUGCACAACAUGCACCGAGCCCUCUGCCCCAACACCACCCAACUCUGCGACGCAAUGCGGCCUGUCAAUGGGCGCCGGCUCUACAAGGACUUCGUGCUCAAUGUCAAGUUUGAUGCCCCCUUCCGCCCGGCUGACACACAGAGUGAGGUUCGCUUUGACCGCUUUGGUGAUGGCAUUGGGCGCUACAACAUCUUCACCUAUCUGCGGGCGGGCAGUGGGCGCUAUCGCUACCAGAAGGUGGGCUACUGGGCAGAAGGCCUGACCCUGGACACCAGCCUCAUCCCGUGGGCCUCGCCCUCGGCCGGCCCCCUGCCCGCCUCUCGCUGCAGUGAGCCCUGUCUCCAGAACGAGGUGAAGAGCGUGCAGCCAGGGGAGGUCUGCUGCUGGCUCUGCAUCCCCUGCCAGCCCUACGAGUACCGGCUGGAUGAGUUCACUUGCGCUGACUGUGGCCUGGGCUACUGGCCCAACGCCAGCCUGACUGGCUGCUUUGAGCUGCCCCAGGAGUACAUCCGCUGGGGCGAUGCCUGGGCCGUGGGACCUGUCACCAUCGCCUGCCUGGGUGCCCUGGCCACCCUCUUUGUGCUGGGUGUCUUUGUGCGGCACAAUGCCACUCCGGUGGUCAAGGCCUCGGGCCGAGAGCUCUGCUACAUCCUGCUGGGCGGUGUCUUCCUCUGCUACUGCAUGACCUUCAUCUUUAUUGCCAAGCCAUCCACGGUGGUGUGCACCUUACGGCGCCUCGGUUUGGGCACCGCCUUCUCUGUCUGCUACUCAGCCCUGCUCACCAAGACCAACCGCAUUGCGCGCAUCUUCGGCGGGGCCCGGGAGGGAGCCCAGCGACCACGCUUCAUCAGUCCUGCCUCGCAGGUGGCCAUCUGCCUGGCUCUUAUCUCAGGCCAGCUGCUCAUUGUGGUCGCCUGGCUGGUGGUGGAGGCACCGGGCACGGGCAAGGAGACAGUCCCGGAGCGGCGGGAGGUGGUGACAUUGCGCUGCAACCAUCGAGAUGCGAGCAUGCUGGGCUCACUGGCCUACAACGUGCUCCUCAUUGCACUCUGCACGCUCUAUGCCUUUAAGACCCGCAAGUGCCCCGAGAAUUUCAACGAGGCCAAAUUCAUAGGCUUUACCAUGUACACCACUUGCAUCAUCUGGCUGGCCUUCCUGCCCAUCUUCUACGUCACCUCCAGUGAUUACCGGGUACAGACCACCACCAUGUGCGUGUCAGUCAGCCUCAGCGGCUCUGUGGUGCUCGGCUGUCUCUUUGCGCCCAAGCUGCACAUCAUCCUUUUCCAGCCACAGAAGAACGUGGUUAGCCACCGUGCGCCCACCAGCCGCUUCAGCAGCGCCGCCACCAGGGCCAGCUCCAGCCUUGGCCAAGGGUCUGGCUCCCAGUUUGUCCCCACCGUUUGCAACGGCCGUGAGGUGGUAGAUUCAACAACAUCGUCGCUUUGAGGACCCCACAUUCCUGCCCCGACUCAGCUGCUCCCUGGGACCUGGGGCAGACCCGCAUCCAGGCCAGGAGGAAGUCAGCUGGAGCACUGCAAUAAUGCCAACCCUACACCCACCCCCAAAGCCACCUACCCACUGACUCCAGCCCUUCAGAGUCAGAAGUCAGGGUCCUUGGCCCAGGCGCCUCUGCAAUAACCACCAACUGCCCUUGCAGCGUGUCCCCUCCUUGCUAAGCCCAGGACUCGGAAGGGAGCAAGCCAGGGUCUACUCCGCCCUGGAACGGGAAGGCAGAGGACUGCCGGCUCCAAUCCCCAAUCAGCAAAGGUGCUUCCAGCCCCACCCCUCCCUCCUUCUAGGGCCUUUUUAAUUUUUUACAUAAGUUAUUCCGGGAUGGGGAGGGGGGUUCUUGUGGGGGCUAUCCCUCCCCCUGCAUAGUAGUUUGUCCUGUGGUUUAUUUUGUA